AUGACUUCAACACCGCCUCUUCAAAUCGCAUCGACUCCUCAGACCCCCCCGACUCCUCUACAUGGCCCUGCUUAUGACCGUUCUAUUUCCUACCCUAACCGACGACCUACAAGAACAAGCUCUCGAAUCGCAUCCGGCAAUCUGCACUCAACUCCCGAUGCGCACGACAAGGAAAUUGAAGAUGCGGUGACCACCCCGCGCUCAUCAAGACAACCAAGAUUCAGAGCUGCACCUGGAAUCCAGUCUCCGGAAUCAACACCAAAGCACAAGGCACCUCGUCGUGUCCAAGUCAUCGCUCCUCCUUCCCCCGACAACGACAAUCUCCCGCCGACCACCAACAAACCUCCUUCCUCCAAGUCGCACCUUCAACCCAUGGCGUCUUCCUCCACCACGAUCUCUGAUGGUAUGCUUCCGACUCCGGUCAAAACUCCGAGGAAGAAAAUGGUUCCCAAGGCAAGCAAUGCUGCUCGUGCCCUCUUUCAAGACAAUACUACCAGCGCAAACAACCUGGCGGAUUUUGAACCAAGCCCCAGAAGAGAUCGAAAGAACAAACGCUACAACGGCUUCUCGCUCGAAAGCUUCUCCGCCGAAAAUGAUGACAGCCGCCGGCAGGUUCAAAUUUACACCGACUCUCGUGAUAGAGUUCCUCAUGUCGACAAGAGCGAGUCCAACCCCUUCCUAGAUCGGAUGAUGAACGGGGAAACUUCUUCUACUCGCAAGAUUGCCGGGACCUCCAAGCGCCGCAAGAUUAGUGGAGAGAGCAAGAAGAUGGAUCCGCAGGUGGAAGAGGCUAUUCAGAAGGACGACGGCAUGGUUUACGUAUUCCGUGGCAAGAAGGUCUACCGACGGUUUGACGAUGACGAGGAUGAGGAAGAAGAGAUCGAUGCGGGUGACCUCGGUCUCUUGGAGCAUACGCCCAAAGGCUCAAAUGUCAAGCGACUGAGGACUCUCACCCGUCGAUCAAUCAAGCCCAAACGGCUUUUCCAGACUGAAGCGCAGCAAACGGCACGCGAGGCAGAACAGGAGGAGGAGGCCUUGACCGAUAUUGAGGAACCAACCGGUGGAAAGGAACAUUCUGCAGCAGCAACGGGCGACAAUGGAUCAAGCGACGUUUCCCCGAAUUCAGUAACAAGGAGAUCACUUCGCUCAAGCGGCCCAGCUCCUCCCAUACUAGAAGAAGCCGACUCACUAGGUCCCAGCCGUCGUUCAACCCAAAAAGCAAGUCCGUUCGACUCGUGGCCAAGACUCAAAAGCGGAGGACGGUCUGCAGCUGGCACUCCCAAAGGAAAGAAGCGCGGCGCGGCGGAUGCAGUGGAUGACGGUGUUGGGGUCAUAGGUGUCGCAUCCAAGAAGUCCAAGGCUUGA